AUGCUCAUUGGUUCACCAUGGGGAUUUGCACCACCACCGCCAGGUUCUUCCGUUCCCUCGUCCUUCGGUCGCGAGGCGCACGACGUGGGUCCGGGCUCGCCGGUGGCACUGGUCACGGACGAGCGGUUGCUGCUGCAUGCGGGGCCGAGCAACCAUCCGGAGCGGCCUGCGAGGUUGGCAGAGAUCCUGAAGCAAUUGGAGAUUUCUGGGCUGUCAGCGGCCUGUGUGCAGCUGAGCUCGAGAGAGGCCACGCAGGAGGAACUGCUGAGAGUGCACAGUCAAGAACAUAUUGAUCAGGUCUUCAACUCGGCAUCGAGUAAGAAGAAAGGCAAGGCCUAUGGCACGCCCUUUGGCCCCGACACCUACGCCAAUGACGAGACGCCGCUGUGCGCCUCCUUAUCCACCGGGUGCCUCCUGUCGCUGGUGGACAAAUGCCUUGAGAAAGGCGAUGGCCCGCGAUGUGGCUUUGCGGCCAUCCGGCCACCAGGCCACCAUGCCACGGUGGACAAGGCCUCUGGCUUCUGUAUGUUCAACAAUGUGGCCGUGGCUGUGCGCCAAGCGCAACAGGUGCACGGGCUGAAACGUGUGGCCGUAGUGGACUGGGACGUGCACCAUGGGAAUGGCACCAACGACAUCUUUGAGAAGGAUGAGUCGGUGCUCUUCUUUAGCCUGCAUCGCUAUGAUAGUUACUUCUUCCCUGGCACCGGCUUCGUCGAGGACGUGGGCAAGGCAGAGGGACGGGGAUACAACGUCAACUGCCCGCUGGACAAAGGCUUCGGCGACUUGGACGUGGCGCAUGUGAUGCGAUCCUUGGCAGAGUGGCGAUACUUGAUCUGCCCGCUGAUGGAGAAGUUCGAGCCGGAGGCCAUUUUCAUCUCCGCCGGCUUCGACGCGGUGCCUGGGAUCCGGCAAAAAGGUGGGAAGAGGUCGGACGGGCCGGAUGGGCCAGCUAUCUCCAACGGAGCGAGUGGAGAUACUUAG